GUUAUAAAUUGUUUUUGAAUUUUAUAGUUUGAAUAUUAAUAAAUGCUUCUAGUUGAGGGUGGUUGUCAACAAGGAUUGCCGACAAGCAAGAUGGGAGAGUACCAAGAACUGUGGCAGGACAUUGAGACUGUCCUGCUGCACGACUUCAAAUCUGCCUCGGGCGACAGCAGCGCACGGUCGGAGGUUGGUCACCAAACACCCUCUUACUACGAAAAUAUCACACCUGCUCAUCUCCCAGUCAGCCCUCCACAAACUUCACAGCUCCCAGCGAUGUCAUCUCACAUGCAAUUAAUCCACGAGAACGUGGCUGCAAGCUCCUAUGCUUCCUCGUACUCCGCGGUGUCGAAAAGCCCUCUUUCAGCGUCGUCUCCCCCUCAUCCCGACCAGACGGAUGCAUCAACUUCGGACUUGCGACCUGAAAGCAGUAACACUGGCUGCGAUUAUUUCACAACAUCGACGUUCCCUGGACAUGGUGCAUCGUCAAACGGUCAUGCGAUUGUUGGUAUCGCAAAUACAAUUCCUUGUUCAUUUUCUGCGGAGCCUUAUCAUUCAGUGUAUGGUUCUGCGUAUCACAAUAAUUCUCAAACAACUUCGCUUCAUCAAAGUCCUCCAGCACCUUCAACAUCUUCACCUGUGAACAAACAUUCUUCUCAAUUUCCGAAGAUCACACCAGUUAAUGCAAUCAAUUCCUCUUUACCGGCCACACAGUCCGGACAAACUCAAAUCAAGCAAGAAAUCACCGCUCCUAAUUAUUUUGGCUCUUGUACUGAUUAUAGUGCAGAAACGAGCAAGAUUGCACUACCAAGUUUCCGAGAAGCAAUACAGGAUCGCAGAACAUGUGAAGACGUUAUCAUGGGCCAACAAGACAUUUGCAAUAGUCAAAAAGUCUUGCUACGAACUGGCAAUGAUCGAAGUAUUUCACCCAUAACAGGAGAUCCAUAUCCAGGACCUCUGUGCGAGCGAUCAAAUGAGUGGACUAUCAAAGCUGAAAACGAUUUCGCUGCAACCGCUAACACUUGCCCAUCUUACUGGGACUGGAAAGAGGUUUCAAUGUGUCCAGAUUACCAUCAGAGCUCUCUGCAAAAACACAUUACCUACAAUGUAAAUCCAUCAGUCAUGUUUCCUGAUGUCGUGAAUUUAAAUGUUCACUACAUGCCCAGUCACCAUCGGAAUUCUUAUUCCCAACUUUUGACCCCUCCUUCUUCACCUGGCUUGCGCUUGUGCGACCAUCGCAUGAAUGAAAACAUCCCUAAUGGCAUCGCUCCAAACCUACCCAACCGAACAGUCACAGCAGCCGACACAUUCUUGACUCCGGUCGCCUCGACCACGACACUUAAGCCCAAAGUUAGACGUCGCAGAACAUGGACCCGACGUCGCAGCAUUGUUCACAAAUGUUCUCAUUCAGGCUGCGUCAAGACCUACGCCAAGUCAUCGCAUCUCAAGGCCCACAUGAGGACCCACACCGGGGAAAAGCCCUACCAAUGCGACUGGAAAGGCUGCGGGUGGAAAUUCGCGCGUUCUGACGAACUGACGAGGCAUUACCGCAAGCACACCGGCGACCGCCCCUUCCAGUGCAGACUUUGCGAGCGAGCCUUCAGCCGCUCCGACCACCUCAGCUUGCACAUGAAGAGGCAUAUGGCGCUUUGAUUUAAAUUUUUUUUUCAUUAUUUGAUUGGUGACUCUUGGUGUCUGAAGCAUUUUCCAGUCUGAUCAAGAAACGAUUUGCUGAACUAAUAUUGGUUCAUAAAAUCUAAGCACGUCAUAGAAAUGUGAAAGCCGACUUAACUUCCUGAUUGUUUAUUUUACUGUCAUACUUUACGAAGGUCCUCUCGACGGAGUAGAAUCAAACCACUCUUCAGCGAGCACAAUUUCGCAGAAGAAUUGGACAGGUUACGCUACUUGUGCAUUGAUGCUUCAGUUAAAGACUCUUUGAGAAUAUAUGGCAACUUAGUUGGUAAUUAAAUAUCGCAGAAUAUAAUUCGAAAUAAUUUAGACAGCUCAAAUCAACGUCUAUGAGGUCAGAAAACUGAACUUUUGUUGAGCUCACAUGCUUGAUGACCAAGUCUCAAGUUCUUCCGUGAAUAAAACUGUCCAACAGUUAAUAGUAAUGUUAUAAAUUGUUACUAAGUAAAGUUAGUUUUAUCUGCUCUGCUUUGUUAAGAAAAUUAACCAAGCAUGAGUAUGUCACCAGCGUGGGCAACAGAAGCACACGAUAAACCUUGCGACAUGGAAUUUAAUUUCUUUGUAAAUUGGAAUUCACAGUAAUUUUAAUUCUUGACUAUAGCUUUUCCAAUCGAUUCACUUCAAGACCAACACAAUUUUAUUUAUGAGUGCAAUGAAUGUUGACUGAAUUGAAUUUUUAGUCGAAAACACAGUGCAACGACAUUGGAAAUAAAUUUUAACACCGACAAUUAGAUUUUAGAUUUGUAGUGUGGACAUUAAUAUACUUCCCUUCUGUUUUUUGUUUACAGGGGAUAAAAAAUUAAAAUAGUUUUACUCAUUUAAUGAUAUAUAUAACAAUGUUGAUACUAACUGAACUAACGAGUUUUAAACUUACGAAAUAGCGCCUAUAGUAAGUACUAGUUAAUAUAAUAUCUUAUCGGAAAAUACUUGAAGAUUCAACCGUUUGCCUGUUGCAUUCAUGUGAAUUUCUUACAUAACAGGGAUCUUUUUCGUUAUUUGAAAUUUCAACAUAAAAUGUUGUUGAAAAUUUGUUUUAAACGCGCAAAUAGGCGAGAAAAUGUUAAGUUGUGAGAUGGAGACGAAACCUAGAGCGCAAAACCGCUACACUUAAAAUCCUUGAUGAAGCGCCUAUAAAGACUUUUUACGAAAAUCUUUUCUUAAUUGUGAAUUUAUCCAGCCUGCAACAGGAUAUUUUUGUGUUUUCUUUUUAUAAUCCUAAUUAUAAUGUUAACUAAAGACUUCAAAAUGCAUGUAAUGAAUCUUAAUGAACUGAUUUUUUUUUCUCUGUUAACUUGAAGUUUUGAAACAUAUUUGUCAUCUUAUGUUUGGUAAACAUUCACCGGCGUUCCACGCAGCAGUGAUUGUCUCAAGGCGUUCACGUGCCAUACAACAGUGACUGCGUCACGGCGAACUUUUGGCGAAUUAAAAUAAAUUAUUCUAUCAAUGAUUAUUGUUCUAAAAAUUUAUUGAGUAAUUCAACUAAAUAAAAAGUAAUCGGGAUUGCAACACGUUAGAGGUAACAGUCACUCAAAUUUUAAUUCGUUGUUUAGUUCUAGCCGCGGAAAUCUCGAUGGCUUUACAUUUUUAAACUGUUUAGGGGUUUGCCAUGAUUUUUUAGCAAAAUGUUAGUUAGUUAUUUGUACUGAUAUUUUUAUACUUUUGUACUUUUUUAAUAAAACUGAAAAAUCA